AUGCCUGCCGCGGCGUUGCGCGCGCACAUCUCAGCGAGCGGUGGGCCACUCCGCUUACCCGGCAUAGCGUGGCGUUUGGAGCGAUGGAGCGCCCCUGAUCUCGGGACAUUACGCGACGACGUCGGCGAGCAUACGGCUGUCGACGUCGAGAUUGCGCCAAGGGGGAGGGGAUACACCGACCCAGCGUGGCAGCGGGUGACUAUGGGGUUUGGCCUCUUCCUCGAUGCGUUUGUUCUUGGUCGCAUUCCGGCGGCUGACCCGGCCUUGGUGCCAGUGGGAUACCUCGCCCAGGCGCCGCUCCUCGACCUCCCAGGACUAAGGGAUACAUUGCCGCCAUUGGAACACUACGUGGGCCCGAGGGGGGAUGUUUACGGUCGCACGCUUUGGGUUGGGCCGCGGGGGAGCUUUACCCCCUUCCAUCGCGAUCCUAAUGUCGGACUGUAUACCCAGGUCAUUGGGAGUAAGGUCUUCCACCUCCUCCCGCCCGAUAUCAAGUUCCAGACCAGCGCCGUGCGCGCCAAUACCGCCACUGUACCGAUUAGUGUGCGCCGCAUAUUUGGGGAACAGGGGGAGGGGGACGGGGAGGGUGAGGACGUCACCCCCAUUGAGAAGGAGCAGCUACGAACACUCUUGGGAGAGGCGUUUGAGCGCGACGGCGCGUGCGAGGUCCGCCUGGGGCCUGGCGACUCUCUGCUCAUCCCACCUGGGUGGUGGCACUCUGCCGAGGGCGAGAGUGUUGGCGUUGGGGUUAAUGCCUGGUUCCGGUAG